AGCCUCUCUUCUCCCUCCCCAUUUCCAACCUCCUCACCUUUCUCCCGCCACCCUCGCGUCUCAACAACCUCCUGCCGUGCUGCCGUGCGGCGCGCCGAGCAGCCAUGGGCAAGUCGAAGACGGCGGGCAAGGGCCGUCUGGACAAGUUUUACUAUUUGGCGAAGGAGCAGGGGUACCGGUCGCGCGCGGCGUUCAAGCUGGUGCAGCUCAACCGCAAGUACCAGUUCCUCGAGAACUCGCGCUCGCUGCUCGACCUCUGCGCCGCGCCGGGUGGAUGGCUCCAGGUGGCGGCGAAGUACAUGCCGGUGGCGUCGGUGAUCGUGGGCGUGGACCUGGUGCCCAUCCGCCCCGUGCGCGGCUGCACCACGCUCACGCACGACAUCACCACGCCCAAGUGUCGCGCCGACCUCAAAAAGGUCCUCAAGGGCGCGCUGCUGGACGUGGUGCUGCACGACGGGUCGCCCAACGUGGGCGGCGCGUGGCUGAAGGAGGCGCUCGGGCAGGCCGCGCUCUCGCUGCAGGCGCUCCGGCUCGCCGUCGAGUUCCUCAAGCCGGGCGGCAUGUUCAUCUCCAAGGUGUUCCGCUCGCAGGACUACAACGCGCUGCUCUUCGCCUUAAAGCAGCUGUUCAGCCGUGUGGAGGCGACGAAACCGGUGGCGUCGCGGGCGACGUCGGCGGAGAUCUACGUGGUGUGCCACGGCUUCAAGGCGCCCGGCAAGAUCGACCCGCGCCUGCUGGACGCCCGACACCUCUUUGAAGCCGUGCCCGAACAACCCAAGGCAGUGGACGUGUUGGCGGAGCCGAAGAAGAAGCGCAACAGAGAGGGGUACGAGGAGGGCCAGUCCGUGGUGCACAAGAGGGCGUCGCUGCGGGACUUCCUCACCACCGACAAUGCCGUCUCGUUUCUCGGAACCUUCCACGAGAUCACCUUUGACUUGCCGUUCGCCCAGCCGGUCAUCGACCACCCGCUCACCACGCCCGAGGUGCACGAGCUGUGCAAGGACCUGCGCAUCCUGGGGAAGAGGGACUUCAAACACCUGCUCAAGUGAGUGUGGCACGCGCUCAAGUGGCGGCUGAAGAUUCGCAAAGACCUGCCGGAGCUGGUGCGAGGGGAGAAGACAGCUGACGAGGGGCUGGACG